AUGGCACUGAAGGAGAAGAAGGGCAUCGAUCAGGUUGACGUGAAGGGCAAGAGAGUCCUUAUCCGCGUGGACUUCAACGUCCCAGUGAAAGAUGGGAAGAUCACGAACGACUACCGCAUCCGCUCCGCGCUUCCGACGAUCAAGAAGGUCCUGGAGUGUGGCGGGAGUUGCGUGCUUAUGAGCCACCUUGGCCGGCCAAAGGGGGUGACGAUGGCUGCUGCCGCUGCUUGCGGCGACGACAGUGUGCCCGGGUACGAAGCUGGAGCGACGUUGAAGCCUGUGGCAGAACGCCUCGGCGAGCUCCUCAAUGUUCCUGUGGUGUUUGCGCCGGACUGCCUGAAGGCGGCAUCUACGGUCGAAAAGCUGUCUCCUGGAGGCGUUGUGCUGCUCGAGAACGUGCGCUUCUACGUGGAGGAGGGAAGUAAGAAGGAGGAGGAGCGUGACGCAAUGGCACGCGUACUGGCGUCGUACGGCGACGUGUACAUCAGUGACGCCUUUGGCACAGCCCACCGCGAGAGUGCGACGAUGACGGGCAUUCCAAAGGUGCUUGGCCACGGUGCCGCCGGCUACUUGAUGGAGAAGGAGAUCUCGUACUUCGCGAAGGUGCUGGGCAGCCCAGCGCGGCCGCUGGUGGCGAUUGUGGGCGGCGCGAAGGUGAGCGACAAGAUCCAGCUGCUGGACAACAUGCUGCAGCGCAUUGACCACCUGAUCAUUGGUGGCGCAAUGGCGUACACGUUUCUGAAGGCGCAGGGCCACAAGAUUGGGAGCUCGAUGUGCGAGGAGGACAAGCUGGACCUCGCGCGCUCGCUGCUGAAAAAAGCCGAGGACCGCAAGGUGACUGUGCUGCUGCCCGUGGACCACGUGUGCCACACCGAAUUCAAGGCUGUGGAGGCACCGUUGGUGACGGAGGGCGUGGACAUCCCUGACGGCCACAUGGCGCUGGACAUCGGCCCGAGGACGAUUGAGAAAUACGUCGAGGUUGUGGCGAGGUGCAAGAGCGCGAUCUGGAACGGUCCGAUGGGUGUGUUUGAGAUGGCGCCGUACUCGAAGGGCACGUUUGCGAUCGCGAAGGUGAUGGGCGACAGCACGCAGAACCAUGGGCUGAUGAGCAUCAUCGGUGGCGGUGACAGUGCGAGCGCAGCGGAGCUGAGUGGCGAGGCGCCGCGCAUGUCCCACGUGUCGACGGGUGGUGGCGCGUCGCUGGAGCUGCUGGAAGGCAAGACUCUUCCUGGCGUUGCCGUGCUGGACGACAAGGAGUAG